GGAUAAUUGGGAAGAAGCACGUUGGGCCCGAGGCUGUCUACCUCGACUGCGCCUACACGGAGGAGAACAGUUCGGUCUUGCAGGUUGGGAGAAACAUCACUCGAAUCAAAGCGCUCGUCCGGCAGUUUCUGCAGAGCCAGGACGAGAGGCCUUUCUUCCUCUACGUCGCCUUCCACGACCCCCACCGCUGCGGGCACUCCCAGCCCCAAUUUGGGGCCUUUUGUGAGAAAUUCGGCAAUGGAGAGAGCGGCAUGGGCUGGAUCCCGGACUGGAAGCCACAGCUCUACCGCCCAGAGCAAGUGCAGGUGAUCUACACCUCUGACAACGGCAUCCCCUUCCCCAGCGGCAGAACCAACCUCUACCGGCCGGGCACCGCCGAGCCCCUGCUGAUCUCCUCCCCUGAGCACACCGAGCGCUGGGGGCAGGUCAGCCAGGCUUUCGCCACCCUCCUGGAUCUCACACCGACCAUUUUGGACUGGUUCUCCAUCCCCUACCCUUCUUACAGCAUCUUUGGCACGAAGCGGGUGCAGCUCACCGGAAAGUCUCUCCUGCCAGCACUGGAGUCGGAGCAGCCCUGGGCCACCGCCUUCAGCAGCCAGAGCCACCACGAGGUGACCAUGUACUACCCCAUGCGAGCUGUCCAGCACCAGCAGUUCCGCCUCAUUCACAACCUCAACUACAAGAUGCCCUUUCCCAUCGACCAGGACUUCUACAUCUCGCCCACUUUCCAAGACCUGCUCAACCGCACCAGGGCCGGGCAGCCAACCCACUGGAGCAAGACUCUGCACCAGUACUACUACAGGGACCGCUGGGAGCUCUUUGACUGUAGCCGCGACCCCACCGAGAGCCAGAACCUGGCCCCCGACCCCCGCUACGCCGCCGUCUUCCAGCUGCUUCGCGCACAGCUCUUGAAGUGGCAGUGGGACACGGGUGACCCCUGGGUGGCCCCCGAUCCCGUCCUGGAGGAGAAACUGACCCCCCCGUGCCGGCCGCUGCACAACGAGCUGUGA